AUGAUCAUGCCUAGGUACGUCUAUGAGUGGCCACAUGCCAAAACUUGGCCGCAACUCGUCAAGGGGAAAGGGAAGGCGACUGAUGGAGGUGAUGGGUCAGGCGGGAUCGAGCGGUGGAUGACAACCAAACUGACCUCGGUGCAGCUACGGCAGGCGAUCACGAAGCUGGUGGUCACCUGCGACCUCCCCUUCCGCAUCGUCGAGGCCGAGGCUCUACUCAUCCUGCUAAACCGCAACUGCGCGCAGAAGAACUUCAUCCCCUCGCGCUGGACGGUUUCCCGCGACACAGUGGUCUAUGCGGCUGCCGCUCUUCAGUCAUCCGUUGCGGAGAUGCCGGCGAAGGAGGGGGAGGUGGGGUGCAGGGUGUCGUUCACCAUCGACAUGUGGACGGCACCCAACAACACGGCGUGGCUAGUGGUAACGGGUCACUGGAUCGACGAGAAUUUCCAGCUGCGCACAAUGGUGUUUGAAUUCCGCGAGAUUCACGGGCGUCACACGGGCAAGCAGUUGGCGAGGGUGGUUGAGGAGACGGUGGUGCACUGGGGGUUGGAGAAGCGUUGUCUUGGGUUCACCUCAGACAACGCCUCCAGCAACACUGCCGCUUUCAGGUGGAUGUCGGAGGAGGGUGGUGGCCAGUGCUUCUUCAACUCGCGCAUGCACUUCCGCGUAUUUCGCCACUUAGGGAGGAAUGAGGCGACUGCUGUGGUGAAGGAGAGGGAGACAGAGUUGACAGCAGUGAGAGGAGAGUUGGCUGCACACAAGGUGGAGGUGGAUGAGUUGCACCGUAUGUUGACUGUUUUGGAGGAGAAGAACAAGGCGACUGCUGCUGUAGUGGAGGAGAGGGAGAGAGAUUUGGAAGCAGUGAAGAGGGAGUUGGUAACAGUGAACGGGGAGUUGGCAAUGGUAAAAGGGGAGUUGGCAGUGGUGAGGGGGGGGUUGGCGGAAUGCAAGGUUGCUAUGACAGAGCAAUGGGUUGAGAGUAGUAGGGCAUCGGCUGUAAACGGGCUGGGAGAGAAAAGUUCAAAGAGGAGGAGAGUAGUGACAGUGGAGAAGGAUCUGGAGUUGAAUAUUGAGCUGGAAAUCAGGCGGUGCACGGGCGAUCGGAAGAAAGCAUUGGAGGUAAGUGUGUCGUGA